CAGGGGACGCCAAAUACUACUUCCAAAUAAGGAUUAACCUAAUUUGCAUAAUAAUCAGACGCAUAAAUUAUAUCCAGGGCAUUAUGGGUAAUACAGUGCAUUGUGGGUAAGUGUGGAAUAAAUCACGAGUAUACACCACAGGAAGUAUUACAGAGGAACCAUUUCAAAAUGCGAUUUCGCUUUUGUGGAGACCUYGAUUGCCCUGAUUGGGUUUUGGCUGAGAUAAGCACUCUUUCAAAAAUAACUUCUAUAAAAAUGAGGCUUUUGUGUGCUCAAGUUAUCAAGAAUUUGCUCGGUGCAGAAAUAGAUUAUGCAAAGGUUGAGAAGCUCACGUCGGAUGCAAAGUACGAUGUUGGAGAUAUCAAAGCUACUAUCGCUGCUAUUGCAUUUAUUCUUUCAAGUGCAGCUAAGUAUACUGUAGAUGGCGACUCGUUAGCUAAUGAACUACAACAGCUAGGAUUACCAAAAGAACACAGCGUCUCUCUAUGCAAGCUUUAUGGCGAAAAUCUCUCCAAACUGCAACAAACAUUUCAUGAGAAAACCUUGAAAUUAGAUGGAAUUUCCAACUUAGAAUGGAGAGUUGACUACGUCCUGGGUUCAAGUGAGCUAGACCAAGUACAAGAACCGGAAGUACAGCUMAAGUUCAACCAAACAACUACGGACAAUCCAGAAGGGAAGGUGGUUGCAUUCACUGUUUCUUCCGAAAAGUUUAGAGUCUUGUUAGCAGAACUGAAGCAGGCUUACAGCUUAAUGGAGGGAAUGUCAUAAUAAUAUGUAUUAUAUACAUACUAGUAUAUACACUGAUGUAUUGAGGGUGGGGAGGGAAAAGGGCCAUUUGCAGCUAAUUACAGGGCCGGAUUGCAACAAAUGCCCAGGCACUCUUAUUCUACACCUGUAACCUGUCUUUUUGUUCUCAAAAAGACACAGGUAAACCAACCUUGAAUAUUAACGUGCUUAGUCAUGGCYGAGUAUUGCAGUGUAUAUGGAGCUGUUAUGAACUGCGUACAGUCAAACAAGGACUAUYGUUAAAGAGUUUUUGUUUGGAUGGAGGUUUUAUUCAAUGGCAUUGAUAUAGAAAAGUCAAAUUCCUKCAAAAUAUCAUACCCAAUGGCCAUGUUAUUGAAAAGCUAGGAAGMUCAGGCAUAAUUCAGACCAAUGAAAGGCAUACAUUUAUGAUAUUAAARUUAUCAGAAGGGUUAGGAAGUAAAGUAUGACAAGUCACUGAAUUCCCUCCCUGKAGGCACUUUCGUCCAGUUCUCGCCUCUCUUGAGGAAUUGCAUUGAAAGGAGAAGCCAGGACUGAACUAGAGGCACCUCUGCUUAAUUCUUAUUUUACCAUUCUUAAUAUCAUUCAUAAUCAUUAAAAUGAUUUUGGUUUUUUUUCAAGCAAAAACUUUACAGUAUUUUGGCAUUCAAUUACAAACUUAUUUUGAUAUAUUAAAAGAAUUACARUAUUUUGAAGGUUCA